AUGUCUCGUCGGCAUUUGUCCAUCUGGCAUGGAGAAAUGGUUAUCACUGCCUUACUUACGGCCUUCGUUUCGAUUGAGCUAUCUCCUGGCACCGGUGCCCUUGUUGGCAGUGCUGGUUCUGCUGCAGAUGCCGUUCUCGCUCGUCCGGCCGGCGCCAACUCUCAAGCCCCAGGUGGGCCCGGUGAGCAUGGCACCUCAGAAGUCCAAACUCGGCGAACCUCGGAUGUUGCCACCGCCGCGGUAGGGUUCGAGGAGAAAUUCCAGUAUCGUCGCCCGAUAUAUGCCUGCCUGUCGUACUUUCAUGGAAAGCCGUGCUUUGAUUAUCAGAUCUUGGUGAGUCUUCUAGGGUUAUCCGCCUGA